GGAGGAAGGGGGAAAGAAGAAGAAAAAGAAGAAGAAGAAGAAGAAAGGAGAGAGGGAGGGAGAGCAGGGAGAUAAGCCACAACAGGAAGCAAAACGACCCACAAAAACACACACAGUCGUGCACAAACACACCACCGGCCUGUGUGUGUGUGUAUGGGAGCAGGGAGAGAGAGAGAGAGAGAGACUGCUAACAAGAGGGAGAACGGCAACGGAAGGGAGGGAGAGUGACGCGGAGGCUGGGAGAGCCUGCUUCCCCCCCCCCCUCCUCGUGUCCUCCUCCUCUUCUCCCUCUCUUUCUCUCCUCUCCUCCUCCCCUCCUCCCUUCCUCUCUCUCUCUCAGCGGAGCAGGCGUGUAGCGGCAUCAGACUCGGCGUGAAGGAACCAUGAGCGAUGUCACCAUCGUCAGAGAGGGAUGGCUCCAGAAACGGGGUGAAUACAUAAAGAACUGGAGACCACGGUACUUCCUGUUGAAGACAGACGGCUCCUUCAUCGGCUACAAAGAGAAACCUCAGGAUGCAGAUCUGCCGUACCCUCUCAACAACUUCUCUGUAGCAAAAUGUCAGCUGAUGAAGACGGAGAGGCCGAAGCCAAACACCUUCAUCAUACGCUGCCUCCAGUGGACCACGGUCAUCGAGAGAACCUUCCACGUGGACUCACCUGACGAGAGAGAUGAGUGGACGGAGGCCAUUCAGACGGUGGCGGACCGGCUGCAGAGACAGGAGGAGGAGAGGAUCCAACGCAGCCCCACCUCCAACAUCGACAACCUGGUGGAGGAGGAAAUGGACAUCUCCACCACACACCACAAACGAAAGACGAUGAGCGACUUCGACUACCUGAAGCUGCUGGGAAAAGGCACCUUUGGAAAAGUCAUCCUGGUCCGGGAAAAGGCCAGCGGCAAAUAUUACGCCAUGAAAAUCCUCAAAAAAGAAGUCAUCAUCGCCAAGGAUGAAGUGGCUCACACACUGACGGAGAGCAGAGUCCUGAAAAACACCAGACACCCUUUUCUCACUUCCUUGAAGUAUUCCUUCCAGACUAAAGACAGACUGUGUUUUGUCAUGGAGUAUGUGAACGGAGGAGAGCUGUUCUUCCAUUUGUCCAGAGAGCGGGUGUUCUCAGAGGAGCGCACGCGCUUCUACGGCGCCGAGAUCGUCUCUGCUCUCGACUACCUGCACUCAGCCAAGAUUGUGUACCGGGACCUGAAGUUAGAAAACCUGAUGCUGGACAAAGACGGCCACAUCAAGAUCACAGAUUUUGGCCUGUGUAAGGAGGGAAUCACCGACACGGCCACCAUGAAGACCUUCUGUGGGACCCCGGAGUACCUGGCUCCUGAGGUCCUGGAGGACAACGACUACGGUCGGGCGGUGGACUGGUGGGGUCUGGGUGUGGUGACCUAUGAGAUGAUGUGUGGCCGGUUGCCGUUCUACAACCAGGACCAUGAGAAGCUGUUUGAGCUCAUCCUGAUGGAGGACAUCAAGUUCCCGCGCACUCUGUCUGCAGACGCCAAGUCGCUGCUGUCCGGUCUGCUCAUCAAAGACCCCAACAAACGCCUGGGUGGAGGACCAGACGACGCUAAAGAAAUCAUGAGACACAGUUUCUUCUCUGGUGUGGACUGGCAGAACGUCUAUGAGAAGAAGGUACCACAGCAGAGCAGUCUCUGGAUCAGAGCACUGGUCCCUCCCUUCAAGCCUCAGGUGAUGUCAGAGACAGACACCAGAUACUUUGAUGAGGAGUUCACAGCCCAGACAAUCACCAUCACUCCACCAGAGAAAUGUGAGUCUGUGUCACUUCAACAUGAAAACAAGUUCCUGAACAAAUCUCCGAAAAAAACGUUUCUCAAAAAUGACUAAAAAUACACUCAUUUGUCUUAAAAUACUUAGCUAUGUCCAUUUCUGUUGUUAAAAUUCAGAAAAAAUAUACUUUUUUGGUACGUCAACUUAGUUGACACUUAGUCGAUGGCCAUGUUGUUGUUCAGUUGUUGUUCAGUUGUUCUUCGUUUGUUCUUCAGUUGUUCUUCGUUUGUUCUUCAGUUUUUCUUCAGUGGGUUUUCAGUUGUUCGUCACUUGGUCGACAUAUAAUCGACACUUAGUCGAGAUUUUGGUCGCACUCCUUUGUCUUAAAAUACGUAGCU